CUUUUCUCCUGGCCAGUUGCAUGCAUUAUCUGCCUCCCAAAAUGGUUUGCGAAACGAAAAUCCUCGCCGAUGAUCACAAUUCCAUACCGGGACCCCAGAAAGACCCCCUGAUCGGAUCUCCUUCCCAGAUGUGGCCCCCUUUAUCCAAUGCACCCAAUGCCUCAUCAUCAUCAUCAUCAUCAUCACUGGUACCCCCCAUCCCCGGCGGGGGAGAGGAGAAGGAGGAGAUCGCGAAAGAACAGCUUUAUAUCCGAGAAUUCCAACCGGGAGAUCAGGAGGUCGCAAGAAGGAUCUUUUAUGAAGGGAUUAAAGAAAGGAUUCCAAGCUCAGCAUUUAGGGGGUUAAAAUACCAACCCCUGCUCCAGUGCAUCUAUGCAGUGAUUACAGUAAUGUGCUUUGUUGUGACCAACUCGCUGCUGCUGACGUGCUGUGUGCCCAUGUUUCUAAUGGGCAUGAGGUAUUACUACAGCAGAAAAAUUAUCCUCAAUCAUCUGGAGUGCGCUCUACGCACGGACAUGUCUGAUAUUGACCAAUAUUACAUGAAACAGCCAGGCUCUUGUUUCUGGGUAGCAGUCUUGGAAGGGAAAGUUGUUGGAAUCGUGGCAGCGAGAGGCAACGAGGAGGACAACGUGGUCGAGCUACGUCGCAUGUCCGUAGACUCCAACUACCGGGGGAAAGGUAUCGCCAAGGCCUUAGGGCGCAAGGUCCUUGAGUUUGCAGUGCUGAAUCACUACUCUUCCAUCGUACUUGGAACUACGGCCGUCAAGAUAGCCGCACACAAGCUGUACGAGUCCUUGGGUUUCAAGCAUGUGGGGGUAGUCGAGCACCAUACUGUUCCCGGCAUGACCCAUUCAAUAGUGGAGAGAAUGUUUUUCCAGCUCCGCUAUCACCGCUACUGCCUGCAGCUACGUGAAGAAUAAGGAAUGCUAUCUUCACUACUUCACACCGUGCUUUGCUUUUUUUUCUUUCAAAAAAUAUUACAGUAAGGCUCUUUAAUAUAGGAUAUUUCCUGGCACAUAUCCCCUUCGUGUGAAUCAUUUCUUUUAUCAGUAGAGAAUGUAGAACAGGACAAGGACUCUCCCUUGCAUGCUAUGAGAUGGUCAUGCUGACGUUGGAAGAGGUAUCCU